UUGCAUCCGCCAUUCAUGAAUGAAAGCAAAACAAGCGUAUACUUCACAAAUGUUCGGGAUUUCGCCUUUAUUCCGAUAUUAUUUCGAAAUAGUUUUUCCGUAGAUUAUUUUGCCGUCGUGCACACGACUUAUUUCCACUUCAUAGCUUCUUGAUCAAACAGCAACAUGGCAGCUGAACAGCAACAAUUUUACCUGAAAUGGAACGAUUUUCAAACAAACAUGGUGACCUCCUUCCGACACCUGCGGAAUGAAAGGAGUUUUACCGAUGUAACACUAGCUUGUGAAGGACAGACUUGCAAGGCCCACAAAAUGGUUUUAUCGGCCUGCUCACCAUACUUUAAAUCCCUCCUCGAGGAAAACCCGUCAAAACAUCCGAUAAUCAUUUUGAAGGACGUCCCAUUCAGCCAUUUACAAGCUAUUCUGGAGUUCAUGUAUGCUGGUGAGGUGAAUGUGAGCCAAGAGCAGCUUCCGGCAUUCCUAAAAACUGCCGACCGCCUGAAAGUCAAAGGUCUAGCUGAGGCACCUCAAACAAUCAAGAAGGAAGGCUAGUUGAAUUUUGACCCCUAUCCACAGCUCUUUUUAAUUUUUAUUUCUAUCCUUUCUUUUUUUUCUCAAGAACCUCGUACCGAGCUUAGGUAAUAUUAAUUUAAGUUUAAUACUGAAUUUUGUUUUGCCCACUUAAUAGCCCUGCCUUCGUAUUUUCAGUGGCUUAACAAGGAAGUAAAUCCUACACAGCCGUUAAGGCUUGCAUGUCCUAGAAACAGCAACAUGAUAGUGAGUUUUGAUACCCGUAAGUUAUCCUGUAAAAAAUCUGAGAUCCUUAUUGAUCCUUAUCGGUGAAUCGUAUAUCUCAAAUGUCUGAUUUAAAACAAAUUAAAUCAUACAGUUUUUUUUUUUUCAUGACUUCAAUCCUGCCACAUCAGAGAGCCACUAUCCUGGGGCAUGAGUGUUUAUACAUAUUGCGUCCAUGAAUUGUUUUUCUUAGAAGACCAAUGAACUUCUGAUCUUAGGAAUAUGUAAUUAUUCUUUCACAUGAAGCGUUUAAAUAGUAUCAAUGCAACAAAAAUUUCUUUAUCACCCUGAAAGACAUUGCAUGUCUUUACUUGACCUCACAUCAUGCAUUCAUAUUCCGAAGUAACAUUCAUCUGCAAGUUUUCUUUGACUAAACUUUUGCAACAAAUCGAAAACUUUUGAAGUUUAUAACUUUUAAAAAAGGAGAGUAACAGGAAGAGCUUCAUUGCACUCAGUGGUUUGCAUGAUGUCAGGUAUUCAAACUAAGAGUACAUGCCUAUUCUCAUCUCGAAACGUAUCUGUAAUUUACCUGUGUCAAUAGGUAACCUUUAUGAAUGUUUUACCAAUUUUUAGGGAUGUACCCCAAAGAAUUGAUUCGGCCUUGAGAGCGAGAACUAAACACUGCGCUAAAACGAUUGGUUUAAUUAGAAUAAGCCUUACUAUGUCUCAUCAUCGUCAUCUUCAAUUUACUUUAAUUUUGCCUCACAUUGAAUCAGUUAAAAUAAACUUUCAGGGAGGAAUGUUAGAUGUACUUUAAUAAGUGUUUGCCACUCUGAGGAGGUUGGAAAAUUUAACGAUGGCUUUCAAGGCUCUUUAGUGAAAUGCAAAUAUGUUUGUAAUGUGAAUCAUACCAAGAGAUGGUAUAGAAUAGUUUACGAAUUAUUUAGAAUAUUCCUCCUGUACAUCAUCCUGCUGAUUGUUUUCAAAGGGAGGAUUAUAUUGUGCUCUCUAUUUCUUGUUUCUGUUUUCCUCGUCUUAACUGAGCUUAUGAAUGAGAGCUGUUUUUCUUAUACACUCAGACGCAAAUGUUACAAUUUAUUUUGAAAAACCCUCUCUUACCAUCCCUUGAAGGUAAUUGUCCGUUUAUCAAUGAUUAAUACUUCCUGCUCUGGUUAGAUUAAUCAGAAUGUUCAAACUUUCUAAAUGUUGCAGUGUUAUCUUCUUUUUCUUUGAUACUUUCUGUCAAUAGAUUGAUCUAAAGGCUGCUCUUUUCUCAGUACUGCAUUAUUUUUCUAGCAUGGGCAAAACAAAAUACAAAGUGUGUUAAAGGAUUAAAUCAAAGGAGGAAAUAAAAUAGGAAGCAUGUCUGCCACAGUAGAAUUGAAUAACCUGAUUUGAAGGCAAAGCGAAAGAGUGAGAAUUAACGGUUUCAGCAGGAGAAAAACCUGGCAGGACCUCAAUGUCAUUUUUGUCACCAAUUUCGAAAGUUUUGAAAGGCUCACCGAUCAGAGUUAGUAAUGAUUGAAGUAACUCUUGACUGAAUACAUCACAAAAUUAUCCUAUCCAUAUGCAACUCAAGAGUAAAAUCAACUCAGAUUAAUUUUUCAGCCCUUUCUGUACUUGUAAUUUUUUUGAAAUUCUUGUCAGAACUAUCAAAGUUAGUAUUUUAGCUGCUGAUACUUGUGCAGCGGCCUGUUUUAUCGUGCUUUUGACCAUCAUGCAUUUAAAUUUUUUUAUUAAAUCAAAUGCUAUUUUUUAAAAAAAUUGGGUCCAAGAUUUAGCCAGUGUUUCGUUUUUACCCUUUUUUAUCUUCGAAUGCUUAGUUGUAUUCAUUUUCCUCUUUAUGAAUAUAAAGGCUGAUCUAAAAGUCCCGUAUCCCUUUAACCCCCUGCCCCUUUUCAGGGUGAUUCCCUAAGAAUUUAGGGGGGGGGGUGGUACCAAAAAUAGUUUCCUUUGAUCUGGGAGUUUCAAGUCUCAUUCUUUAUUUGAUCAAAAGUUAUGCAAGGUGAUGCCUGGGGCCAGUGGUAUGGAACUUCUGGAUCACCCUAUAGGGAAUCACUACCUCCUAGUGAACGUGAGAUUUUGAACAAUGAGCCACAUUCUGAUCCUACAUGAACUUUUUUCUGAGUUUUUUGAGUCACACAUCUUGCAUGAUCUAAGCAUAUUAUCUUAAACCAUACAUUUUUUCGGGCUUAACUCUCGUUAGUUCUGGUCGGCUGCAAGUCAGGUCAAAGUUACCCAGGAAUUCAUCAAAAAAUAACGAUUAACCAUUUUUUGAACUGAAGCUUCACAUAUAUCGAGAUCCUCUUUACAGCGAAGUAGUCCACUAGUAAAUCUGUAAUAUCACAAAUCAUUUAUCAGCUAACAACUGUAGAAGAUACAUAUUAACUAGCAGGGGUCCAUAAAAGUAUUUAAAUGUUUGCUGCAAAUCUUGAUCUGUUUUCUUAUGUUGAAUGCAUUCUCUGGAAAGUCCUUCUUUCUGCGUCCUCUCUUGUUUUGAUAACCUUAAAACUUUUUAAGUACAUAUUGGCUCUUGGCUCAGAACUUUUCAGCGUAGUCAUCUCUUUCUUUCGUUGGACUUGUAAUGGUAACAAUGUUUGCUUGCCAAUCCUCACAAAUUUUAAUUCUAAAAUUAUUAUCUGCCUCGCCUGUAAAUACAAUCUGGCUAAAGUACCAGAUUCAACCGGAAGUGGAACAUUUUGUGCACCAACUCAUUUACACUGAAUUGGUGCCAAAAAAUGAGUGAGGCAGACUACUAUUCAGGGUUUUCAUCGUAACCAUCUGACUUGCUUGUCUGUUGAAGUGUAAAUUAUUUUUCAAUUAUGCUGUAUAAGAUUACAGAGCUGGUAAUAUUGUACAGCAUAGCUAUAAGAACUUGUUUGUAUGUAAAUAGCUGUAUUAAGCAAAUCUCUACUUUUUAGGACUUGAAUUACCUCUAAUAAUUAUACUGAUUCGUCUCUUGUUUAAGUUUCCUUAAAAUAGCAUUUUCAUUGUUUUCUUUUUUACUUGGUAAUUUUAAAGGGGGAAGAAGGUUGCUAGUUUUUGAACUGCAAACUUAUUUAAAAACAAGUUUAGGUUUUGUUUCAAGCCUGAAUAUUAAGUAGUUUUGUAGAGAAAUUCAAAUUAUUCAAAAACUGUAAUUUUGGGAAGCUAAAUAAAGUUUUUUUAAUAAACA